GCAGGCACGAAGAGAGGGGCAGGAGGAGGAGGAGAAGAGCGGGCGCUUCCCGGCGGAUAGGCGGAGAUGGUGCCGGGCGAGGCGGCGCCGCCCGGGCCGGGCUCGCCGCGGGGCAGCGCCGAGGGGGCCGCGGCGGGCAGGAAGCAGCGCGCGGCCGCCCGCAGGAAGGCCUUUUCCCUGUUCGUCAAAGCCAAGGAGGUGCCGGCCGCGUCGCGGUGUCCCGGCGGCGGAGAGGGCGUGCGGUGGCGGUGCUGCCGGCAGGCGUUCGAGGAGUUGCCCGGCAUCCACAGGCACGUGGCUCUGCACCACUCCGGAGACGUCGGGCGGCAGGCGGGGCUCGGUGCGGGGCCGGCAGAGGCCGCAGGCAGCCCCGCGGGCGGCCCGGCUCCGGCGGGCAGCGCGGCCCAGCCGAGCGGGCACUCCUGCAGCAGCCCGGAGAUCUCCUGGACACUCCCGGACACAAGCCACGUCAGCCAGGAUGAUCUGACAAGCCAGGUGGGAGACGUUCUUCUCUAUUACUGUUACUGUGAGGUGAGGGAUCCAGAGAAACUCUGUGCUUGGCAAAAGGCUUUGUGUCAGCAUCUACAUCUCACUGGCAAGGUACGAGUUGCUUCAGAAGGAAUUAAUGGGACAGUUGGUGGAAGCAAAUUAGCUACCAGUCUCUACAUUAAAGUUAUGCUUUCCCAGCCUCUGUUCAAAAACAUUUUGUGUCAAGAGGAUUUCAAGAGCAGUGCAGGAGGAGCUCACUGUUUCCCAGACCUUCGAGUUGGCGUAUUCAAAGAAAUUGUACCUAUGGGCAUUGAUCCAAAGAUAGUGUCUUAUAAGGAAACGGGAAUCCAUUUAUCCCCUCAGGAAUUUCAUAGAGAAGUAGAACAGUAUUUGUCUCAGGCCACUCAAGGACAAAGCGAUACCAUCUUGCUGGACUGUAGGAACUUCUAUGAAAGUAAAAUAGGACAUUUCCAGGGCUGUCUGGCUCCAGAUAUCAGGAAGUUCAGCUAUUUUCCAAGCUACGUAGAUGAAAACCUGGAGCUUUUUAAAGACAAGCGUGUCUUAAUGUACUGCACAGGAGGGAUUCGUUGUGAAAGAGCCUCUGCUUACCUCAGGAGCAAGGCAGUGUGCAGAGAGGUUUACCAGCUAAAAGGUGGAAUUCACAAGUACCUAGAAGAGUUUCCAGAUGGAUUCUACAGGGGGAAGCUGUUUGUAUUUGAUGAUCGUUACGCCAUUUGUUCCAAUGAAGAUAUCAUCUCAGCAUGCAGAUACUGUGGGGUGCUGUGGGACCAAUAUAAACUUUGUUCCAGUCAGCACUGCCGGCAGCUUGUCCUGACAUGUCCAAGUUGUUGCAACAAAGGUCUUACAGCUUGCUGUCCUGUUUGUCAAGAGAAGGAGCUCAAGGUGACUACAAGGGCUUCAGGACAGAUACUUAAGGAGGAAUGUGAAUGUACAAGGAGACGGCCAAGGGUACCAAUUGAACAUGUUUCACCAAGGAUGCUGGACACAGGAAAAGAUUAAGCUGUUUCAUGGGUUGUGUUUACAUGGCAUGUGCUCAUGUAAAGGGCUUCUGUAACCAGAUCUCUAUCCGUUAAUCAGUUAGGUUUGGAAAUUAUGAAAAUACGUCGGCUUGGAAAGUCUUGUUCAUAUGCUGCCUUUAAACAUAGAAUAUGCCCUGAAAACCAUCCAUUACUUGCCUGUAAAUUACCAGAGUGCCCAAUUCAUCAGCACUACAGGAUUCCUCCCUCUGGGUACAGUCUUGUAGUGUGGCCUUUACCAUGGGGAUUUUGGAGCAGAGUAUCUGCAAUGUGACAGAGCUGCUCACAAUUCAAAGAAACUGAAGGAAUUAAAAAACAAUUCCAUUUUUUUCUUCCUGCAUGGAGAUUAACCUGUCUGACCUCUCCAAGGAUCAUGCAUCUGCUUCAAUAGCUUGUAGUAAGGUGUGCAAACAGCAAAUGUAUCAAUUUGGUGUGGGUAUGUGACCAGAUUGGAUCUUGAAGAUUCAGUCAACAUGCACGCCAUUGACCUGCAUCUCUUGCUUUAUAUAGCAGUGAGAACCAAGGUGAUGUUACCUGAAAUUACUGGCUUAACUCCUGUAAAACUGGUUGAAGGCAGCAUAAGGAGCUGGAGCAAAGGCCCAGAGACACUGUUUGCUUAGCCAUACUUGUGUGAUCUGUAGGAUGAACGGCAAACCCAAUCUUCUUUCCAGUGCUCAGUCUCUGUGGGAACUGUUUUUUCCCCUCAGCUUGUCAGUGUAUGAAAUAGGCAGGGCUCAGCUCUGCUUGCACAAUAAAAACCUAACAGCUUGAAGCAUGUUGAAACAAGCACACAAAGAGGGGAGCACAUAGACUGUCAAAAUACCAGCAUCAUGGCACUGGAAGUGAUGCAUGUGUGCAUAAAUGUCAGCAACAGCUAUGAGGAGACUGCAAGAUCCUUUAUCCAGGUUAAAUAAUUCAAGUUCUGGGAAGCAUUUGUGCUUUUUAAACAUUAGAGUUUUUUAAAAGCUGCAAGAUGUUUGUUUAUGCAAUUUCCAGCAUUUGUUAGUGGAGAAAUUGUCUUUGAAGGGACCUACAGCAGAUGAGCUUAAAAUACUGCUCCAUGUGCUGCAUUGUGUGCCUGAUGCUGUAGAAUGUACAGAAAGGAUUUAUUAAUAGCAUGGAAGAUGUGUCUUGACUGAAAAAUGUCUUUGAAAUUUACUGUCAUUCUGGGAACUAAACAGUAAGUCAUUAGGACAUCAAAGUCACUAGGUUUGGGGGUUUUUACUGGCAAAUGCUUUUAAAAGCAAGAAAAUAGUUUCUUAGGUUUCUGCAGUUGCUUAAUGACAGGGCUAUGUUAUUUUCAUAUAGAUUGUACCUUUCUCCCAUGGUGCUAUUAAUUCAGCAAAGGCCUCAUUGUUGGCUUGACUAGCAAAUUAAAUACAUGGGCAUUGGUUCCAUUAAAGCCAUGACAAACGUUUUUUCUUGCUUCCAGUAUUGCUAGUAUGAAAUCAAAAGUUCACCAGCUGUCCUCACGACUAUUUCAUUAACAAGGCAAAACCCUGGAACUUAGCAGUGUUUCCUUUGGGGAAUCUUUCUAGGGUAGUAUUUAAUAGUGAAUCUGUGAACAACCAUCCUUGAGAAGAAAUUAGAACAUUCCCAUCAGUAGACACCUUCAGCAGGAGUCUGAGCAGUGCCAAUGUUUCCCUGGCUUCCCGGUCCCUGCUGGCAGGUUAACGUCUGUGAUUUUGAGGACCUGGAGUAUUUGUGAAGAAACAUGCAAGCUUUACUUGCAGGUCUGGUCUAAAGCACUGAUGGGGAGCGCCCCGUGAUCUUCCUGUGUUAGGCUAAAAAGAACACAGUUUUGUAAUUCAGUCUAUCAGCAGGUACACUGUAAUCAAUUUGUAAUGCUGUUUCUGUAUCACUUACCAGUACAGGAUGGCAACAACUUUAUUUUAUAUGUAAAUUUCUGAAGCAUCUAUGAUAAAUAACCUUUAGUGCUUCCAUUAUAAUUUUUUAAGUACUGCACAAAUACGCUUCACAUACUAUGUUGGAGGUGCUUAAUUCUGCAGAUAUAAACACUGAAACUAGCUAGUCUGCCACAUGGUAGACCUGGCUACAAGGUACAAUUCUGAGAGCUCCUCGCAGCUGGAGAUUCUACCUCAAAGGCAGAAGGGAGCAGCCAUGAGGCCUCUCUUGGUCCUUGCUGCACGAAGGUAAGGGAGGAGAAGGAUUUGAGAUGUACAGAUGGAGUCCCAAAAAGCCAUGUUCUCUUUGCUGCAGGGAGCAGAGACGGGGAUAAGAGACUGUUCUAGCCUGCUUCUUGUAGGUUAGCCCAUAAGGGGCUCUCUGUCUUGUUUUCUGGGUUUGUUUUGUCAGAGUAAUACAAAUAAGGACUUGCCAUGUGAAAAGCUAUGUGGUGGCAUCCAGGCAUCUCAGUGGUAAUGCCUGAGAGAAGGCACAUGUGCUGCAGGAGAGGGAAGAGUUUUCAGCAGGAUGGGCUGUGACUGCCAGAUGCUGCAGUCACCAGAUGGCUUUUCCUCCCUUUUCCCAGGGAGCUUCUGGGCCAGAUUUGCAAACAGGGAUACAUUUGCUCCUGUCACCAUUUUGUAUCUCCAUUGCUGCACAGCUUACAGCCUUUUACCACACAGCCUGAUGCCUCAGCACUGCCUGUCUCUGCUGCAUCACCCUCACCAUCCUGCAGCAAAACAGCUCUGUGAGGAUCAGCCAAGGAACCUGAGAUGAUCCUGACAGCUUAAUAUACCUUUGUGAUGCAAAGUUAAUAUGGGUGCUGCUACAGUGAAACACAGGACAAAGUUCUUAUCUUUUUUUUUGUUAAGGGCUGUAGUAGAUUCCUGUGGUAGUGCUCCCUGGUCUGCAGAUGCAUCUCCUUGCAUGUCUCUGCUUCUUAGUACCACCAGGGAUUUCCAGGAUAAGAUUCAUUGUUCUGAAACUUGUGUCAUGCAAAUCUGAGUAGAUGGCUCAGCUGAAAGUGUGUGUCUCUCAUUUGGUGAUUCAGUUGGUCAUUGCAGUCUUCACAGUGCACAUAGAAGGAAGUACUUUUUAAAGUCUGCCAGUUUUUUUAAUUUUAAUGUUUUCAAGUAUUUUUAUUCCACAUUCAUUUUCUGAUACAGAACUUGCACAGUGGAGGAAACAAGCUAUGGUGAAACAUUUUAUAUGACACCAUGGGCACAUUUAUUAAGAUUUAGAGAGCAACAAGUAUGUUUCCCACAUUGCUGAAUAGUGUUCCUCUCCUUCUCUGGUCAGAGCUAAAUCAUCAGCGGUGUUUGUGCACAAGCUCUGGAGAAAUCUCUGGGACUUUUGCCAGAAUAUAUGUAAAAGGCUGAAAAACUUCACUCUCUAGCAGACAUUUAAAGGCAGAUUUUUAGCAAGAAAGAACAUUUUCUAGGAUUUGUCGUCUCAUCUGCCCAAGAUUAAGGUUUCAGUACAGCAGUGCUUCUUCCAUGGAGACUUCUUACAGGGCAGGAUCCCACCCACAUUAACAGUGGGAGUUUUGGAUGUGCUGCAUCCAGUCUGCUGUAGGUCUGGGAGACCUGCAAGCCUGUUGGGAAUUCCUCCCAGGCUGAAUGAAUGAUGAGUGUACACUGACAAAAAGCUGUGAGAUCCUAUGUUGUGUUAAGUUCAGAUUUGGGGUAUUUCACUUCACAGCUUUUUUAGGGCACAACAUUUAUUCUUGCAUUUAUGUGGACAUAAGGGACAGCAGUAAGAGAAAUAAUUCCUAGCAGAACAAAACAAAAUUUAGGUAAUGGACAUGGUCAUCUAGACAAAACAGCAAAUGGAGGGAAUUUGACCUGUCUGCAGUGAAUAUCUGGACAAACGCUUUUGACGCUAGGAAACUGAAAGGAGCGGGGAGUAGAAGAGAGGGUUCUCAUUUGCCGAUUAGUUUGGCCAUCUCUGGGGGUUCGGGUUUGCAUCACACCUCUAAGAACAACUGUUUUCUUCACACAUGCAUGGGAUUGAAGGAUAUUCACCCAUCUAAACCACUUGAUUUUUGAGACUCUGUUUUAUAUUUGGUGGCCUUAAAUUCCAUUUAAUUGGGGGUGGAGGUCAGGUUUUUUGUAAGAAACACUGGGAUGCAUUUGAUACAGCAUCUCAAAAUGAUUCAGCAAAUGUUGGCAAAAAGUUGCAACUCACAAUUCUUGAAAUUAGCCAUGUUUCCGGAUGUUAGAAGUGCUUGUUGAGUGCUAGUUACUCCUCUGUAGUUACUUGAGAUCAACUUUGAAAAAUGAAAUAAAAUAAAGUAUUUUUUUAAUACUUCUAUAA